UCAAUGCACCAAGUACUCAUUGCAACUACAAUUUCUACCAUUUGCAUUCAUUUGCAAAAGUCACCAAAGGCCUUAUAACAUUAAUUCAUCAAAUCCAAAAUGAUGUUGAAGAAGCAAUCUCAUAUCUUAUCUUUUCCAAUAGUAAUACUAUUUUCUCUAUUGUAUUCCACAACAACAACUUUAUCUCAAUUAUCACCUGCUAAUGCUCCAAUACAACCUACACUACCGGGUGCGGCUCCACCAGCCGCAUCCCCGAAACCAUUGGUUCCAUCGUUACCACAAUCACCGAGUGAUUCGACACCUGACACUUCAUCAGUUGAUAUCGUCGGAAUACUAAGACAAGCAAAAUCAUUCAACGUAUUCAUUCGUCUAAUGAAAACAACGCAAUUGAUAAACCAACUGAAUUCACAACUAUUAACAACAAAAUCAGGAGGGUUAACAAUUCUUGCACCAGAUGACAGCGCGUUCUCAGAACUAAAAGCAGGGUAUCUGAACUCUCUAUCAGACGGACAGAAAUUGGAACUAUUACAGUUUCAUGUAAUAUCAGAGUAUGUAUCUAGCUCUAAUUUUGAUACUCUAACCAACCCUGUCAGAACACUCGCUGGAGCCAAACCUGGAAAAGUAGAACUCAAUGUCAUAAGUUAUGGUGGAAAUGUCAACAUAUCAACAGGAGAAGUCAACACAACAAUAAGUGGCAUUAUAUAUACUGAUAAACAUCUUGCUAUUUAUAAAGUUGCCAAAGUGCUUCUUCCUGUUGAUUUCUUUGCCGUUGCUAAGGCGCCAGCAAAGGCGAAGGGACCGUCUUUGGCGCCGGAACCUUCAGCAUUGACUCCAAAAGCUGAUAAGGAGAAACCGUUAUCACCUGAUUCCUCAGAUUCAUCUCAAGAUAAGCCUGCAAAUGAUAAGUCUGGUACUGUGAAAAUGAACGUGUGUGGAAAGUGGAUUUCUCUUAUUGUUGGAGCUGUUCUCUUAACUUCAUUGUCUGCAUAAACUAUUAUAGGAUUUCAAUUUUAUUAACGUUUAAUAUAUUAGGUAACAUGCUAUUAAUAUUCAAGAGUGUGAUGAAUUGUUAUUAUGUAAUUGUGAGAAAUGAAGGAGUGAAUACUAUAUAAUGGUGAAUUUAUAUAUCGGAGUGGAUUAGGGGUCCCUCUGAAUUUAUUUAUUUAUUCUAAUAUAUAUAUAUGAGAAUGUUAUGCUUUGAUUGUUUUCA